CAUGCUCAUACUCUGUAUUUCAGCUCCAAUCCAGCAGCUAAGGAAAUCCUCAAGGAAGGAAAAAAUGCUUUCUUUCGGGAAAUGCAUGUAAAGACAUUAAACACCUUCCAAGAGGAUUGCAGUGCCAUGCUCCCUGAGAGAAGGCUGGCUGACAGAGGAGGAAAAUUGCAUAGGCUGUCCUUGUGGGUACAACAUGAAUACAUGACGUUGGAUGAUGUAAAAUGUGAGCCAUUCCACCUUCUACUUAGGAAUGAGAAACUAGAGGAUUUCCUCAUGGCCCUGCUCUUCUACCUACCUUUUCACCUGGGAAAAAUUGCCCUGGAAUUACCUGGAAAAGGAAUGCAGAUCCUUGAUUUUGAUGGGCAUCACUGGAGUUCACUGUAGUGAGUUAAAAUCCUGGAUGUGCACACCCCAUGGGACAGUGGAGGAGAAGAGGAAGAAGAGAAAGAAGGACAAGUGGUUCCUCUAUCCUAAGAGAUGACUUCAGUU